UGUGUGUAUUUGGUUUCUCUCUUCUCUGUAAGAACACAGCCUGACAGCCUGCUCCUGCUGUUGCUGCGGCUCUCACUUGCUUUUUGCUGCCUCUUUCCUCUCCUUUCUCUUCCUACUUAGCUUCUUGUCUUGUGAUACCACUCCAAGUAUGGAGACUAAUCACUCUGAACAGCUCUCAGCAGAACAAUCAACAGCUCCAACAGAUAGUUCAUCAUCAACCAAUCAAGAUGCCCUGGGGAAGCAAAACAGUCAGGAUUCUUCAACAUCACUCCAAACACCAGAGGAAGAGGCAAGUAGCCACUCUGAAAAGGGAGCCCAAGAUAUUUCUGAAGAACUGAAUCAACAACUAGAAGAUAUCAUAAGCAUGUACGGUUCUACUGCCAAUACCAUAGAGAAAGAGGGCCCAGCCAAGGCAAAAGAGCAGCCUGAAAGUGCAGAAGCAGUUGACAAUGAGGACAGAGACUGCGAAGAAACCACUGAUGAGGCAAAAAGAGAACCCACUGCUUCUGGAGAGCCAUUCACAGUCAAAGAGCCUGUCAGCAACAAAGAGCAAAAGUUGGAAAAGAAAAUCCUAAAAGGAUUAGGCAAAGAAGCCAACCUACUAAUGCAAAAUCUGAACAAGCUGCAAAAACCUGAAGAAAAGCUUGAUUUUUUAUUCAAGAAGUAUGCUGAAUUGCUGGAUGAACAUCGCACUGAGCAAAGGAAGUUAAAACUCCUACAAAAGAACCAGGUACAAAUCCAGAAAGAAAAGGACCAGCUACAAAGUGAACACAGUAGAGCCAUCCUGGCUCGAAGCAAACUGGAGAGUCUGUGCCGAGAGCUGCAGAGACACAACAAGACACUGAAGGAGGAAACCCUCCAACGGGCACGUGAGGAAGAAGAGAAAAGGAAGGAGAUCACAAGUCAUUUCCAGACUACUCUGACAGAUAUCCAGGCCCAGAUAGAGCAGCAGAGUGAGCGAAAUAUGAAGCUCUGUCAGGAGAACACAGAACUCGCAGAAAAAUUGAAAAGCAUCAUUGAUCAGUAUGAGCUCAGAGAGGAGCAUCUGGACAAAAUAUUUAAACACAGAGAACUGCAGCAGAAGCUGGUGGACGCAAAACUUGAGCAGGCACAAGAAAUGAUGAAGGAAGCAGAGGAGCAGCACAAUCGAGAAAAGGAAUAUUUGCUCAAUCAGGCAGCAGAGUGGAAACUUCAGGCUAAAGUGCUGAAGGAACAAGAGACAGUGCUGCAAGCUCAGCUCAAUCUCUAUGCAGGAAGGUUUGAAGAGUUCCAGAGCACACUGACAAAAAGCAAUGAAGUGUUUGCUACUUUCAAACAGGAAAUGGAUAAAACAACUAAGAAAAUGAAGAAGCUAGAAAAGGACACAGCCACAUGGAAAGCCCGGUUUGAAAACUGUAACAAAGCUUUACUGGACAUGAUUGAAGAGAAAGCACUGAGAGCUAAGGAAUAUGAGUGCUUCGUGAUGAAAAUCGGGAGGCUGGAGAACCUCUGUCGCGCUUUACAAGAAGAGAGAAAUGAACUCUAUAAAAAAAUCAGAGAAGCAAAAAUGCCUGACAAGGAUGAACAAAGUCAGCAUACCUCCGAUGAAGAGCCAGAGGCAGAUAGCUCUGUGAGUAGAGAGAUGGAUGCAGAGGAGGUCAACAGUGUUCAAAACGCCGUGAACAGUCUGGCUACCGCCUUCAUGAUAAUUCAUCAUCCAGAGUCAACUCUCGACCCAAGCUUAGUCCAUCUGGAACUGAGUGGCCCUCAGGGUAGCGAGCCCUCUCCCGUCAAAGAGCCGGAACAAGCCCCUCUGCCUGUUUCCCGGGCUCCCGAAAGUCCUCUGCUUCCCUUGGUUCCUGAGGCUGAGGCCGAAGGAGGCAACACGGCUCAACCUGCCCCUAUAGCCAGCCAUACGCCCGCCAAAUUGGCAGGAGAGCCCAUAGGCCAAGGUCUUGCUACGGAGAUUCAGGCUGACCAGCAGUCCCGGAAGCCAGAGGCAGAAGUUUCCGGUCUGGCCCCCUGGUCCGCUACCGAAGCCUCCCUACCCAACCUUGAAGCCAGUGGUUCCGCUUAUCCAGAAAAUACCAGUCAGGGUCCCCAACCCGGGAUGGUAGCGACAAAAUGUCCUGCUCAUGAAACUUCAGAGCAGUCCCUGCAGGCUUUGGCUAAGGCCUCCUUACCGGAGAUGGGGGCAAAUUGUCCCACGCAGGCAGAAGUUUCAGGCCUGGCCUCCACCCAAACUCCCCUACCUGGGGUUAAAGCAAAUGGUCCUGUCCCACCACCCUCAGCAAAGGAGAAUGUUCCAGGUGAGGUGCCUGGGAGUAAGCCCAGGAAGCAGCCCCCACCAGCAGCCUCAGAGGAGCUACCUCCAGAGGCCUCAGGUAGGCCCCAGUUCCCCAAACUGGCUGACACCAGUCUGGAAGGAGUAGACUAAGCCUCACGGUGCCUUCAGAGGCUUUCUUCCUGACUUUACUUCUUGGUCGUUGCAGACUGUCUCUGAAAGAAGCAUUAAGGCCUAGGGACGUCAAAUGGAAGAGAGUUAGGAUUAUGACAUCUUUGAAUUUAUGCAGAAUACAUUUAGUCUUUGCUCUUUGUUCUCAAUUUAGAACGGAUAAGGAGCUUUUCUAAUUUAAUACUAAUAGUGUAAUUUUCCCAAAUGUCAACUAAACAUCCUAAUAGCAAAGCUUUCCAUUAAGA